AUGGCGGACGUAGAUUUUAGAUUGGUGAACGUUAUAAUUCUCGGCUUUGCGUUUAUGUUUUUAUUCACUGCUUUUCAAACGUCUUCGAUGAUAUCGGAAACAGUUUUGAAAAGCUACAACACAGAAUACCACAACAAAACUGAUACCACAUUUCGUGGCAGUGGUUAUACAAGUCUGGCAAUCAUUUACUCAGUCUUUGCUGCUUCAAACUGGGUAGCACCCUCUGUAGUGUCGGUCAUUGGACCCAAAAAAUCCAUGUUAGCUGGGGGAGUGAUGUAUGCACUCUUUAUUGGCAGUUUUAUUCAACCCACUGUCUGGGCACUUUAUUUGACUUCAGUUCUAGUCGGUAUAGGUGCUGCAGUAAUUUGGACUGCGCAGGGGAAUUUCUUAACAAUCAACUCAGACACAGAAACAAUUGGUCGCAAUAGUGGUAUAUUCUGGGCAUUGUUGCAAUGUAGUCUUUUAUUUGGAAAUUUGUUUGUAUAUUUUAAAUUUAAAGGAGAAAGUAGAAUUACAGAUGAAACUCGUAUUACUGUGUAUGUAGUGUUGCUAGUAUUGGCUGCUAUUGGUAUUUUAUUAUUCUUGUUAUUGAGGAGUAAACGUACAACUGACACAGAAGAUUUAUUGAAUAUUAAUGUCAGUGGAGAGGAAACACAGAGGGGACCUCUUCAGGCAUUCAAACGAUCUUUUCAACUGCUGAAGACAAAAGAAAUUUUGCUUCUUUCUGUAUGUUUUGCAUAUACAGGUUUUGAGUUGACAUUCUUCAGUGGGGUGUAUGGUACCUGUGUUGGUAACACAACUUAUUGGGGUCCAGAAGCAAAAAGUUACAUUGGAUUGUGUGGAAUACUUAUCGGUGUUGGUGAAAUAUUUGGUGGUGCUGCAUUUGGUUUGCUUGGAAGACGUACUGUCGUACAUGGGCGUGACCCUGUUGUUUUAAUGGGCUAUCUCGUACACACACUGUGUUUUUACUUAAUAUUUCUCAAUCUACCUGCUGACACUCCCAUGGGGCCUUCAGAACACAUGCAAGCAUAUAUUAUCCCCAACGAAUACUUAGCAUUAUUGUGUGCAUUUAUGUUGGGUUUUGGUGACAGCUGUUUUAAUACCCAAAUAUAUUCAAUUCUGGGUUUUAUGUUUCCAGAAGAUAGUGCCCCUGCAUUUGCACUCUACAAAUUCAUGCAGUCCAUUGCGGCAGCCGCAGCGUUUUUCUACAGUACAUAUGUGCUAUUACAUUGGCAGUUACUUAUACUGGUUGUUAGUGGCACGGCUGGUGCUAUGUGUUUUUGUGUGGUGGAAUGGAAGACAUGCAGGGCUGCCAAGGAAGGCUAUAAACAAAUCUGACGGGGACCUGGCUUUGUCUACGCCUCAGACUUCUUCCACAAAGGUGUGGUUGUGUCAAUGGAAUCACUCGGAGAUCUGUCUUAUUUUUCAAGUGAAGAGGAAGCGUGAGAAGCAGAAGUUAAAUUUUAGUAAAAUUGCCAUUUUAGCUAAGCUGUGCUGCCCUAUAUACUAGUCAGUGCCCAGGUGGCAGAAGGAGUAAUUACUGUUAUAGUAACAUAAAUUUAAAUAUAAAUUCACAUACAUUUUCUGAAUUGUCUUGAGUUAAACUUACCAAAAUUAGUUUUUUCCCCAUUUGUUAAUAUUUACAUAUUUGGAUGAUAUAUUGUGUUGAUGUCCAUGUCCAAUAUACACUCUCAUCCAAGUAGGCAAUUCAGAAAACAUAUUCAUUGUUCAUCAAUCAUUUAACACAAUUUAGAGAUGACCCCCAAAAAAGUCGCACAUUCUGGUACCUUCUGAGUGUACAAACUUUAUCAACUGGAAUUUCUCAAUUUCAAGAAACAGAAUUGUCAUUUAAUUCAACAUGACAAAAAUUGAGUUAACAAAUUGUCAUUAUAAGACAAUAAUACCCAGAAAUACAGGGAUAUGUGAUAUAUAGGGGUUGAGCAUUAGAUCUAUUGUCUCAUUUCACUCCCAAUACCCUCUUGUUACUGAUUUACUUUCCAAUACCUACUACCAGAUAAGUGACACAAACUAAGAAAUUUGUAAAAAUAUUUAAUCACCUGCAAUUAAUUUCUCAACAGAAGACUGUCCAUAAGUAAUGAGAAUUGUUGCUACAACAGUGUUCAAAUAUGUUUCUUCAUUUUAAGGUAUUGUGAAAUACGUAUGUUGCAUACGUAACCCUGGUAACCCCUCAGUAAUUCACACACUUUUAUAUAGUUGCUCCAAUAUGCACCUAGUUUGUUUUGAAGUAACACUGCUGUUUCUAUGUAUUCAUACAUCUUCAUCUCGUCUUACUUUCUGCUGAUAUCCCUUUCAAGAGGCUGAUGUUGUUUUUUCUUUCUGCUGAUACCGCCCUCAUGAGGCUGAUAAAUUGUGAUUUCAUUCUGAGGCUGAGAUGAAGCCAGGCUGUUUUUUUUUAAAUAAUUUUUUAAGCAUGUGUUGCUGAAUUUUGUUGUUUUUCUUAAAUAUUUGUGUAUCCGUAAUGCUGUUCAGGUUAUGUAGCUGCUUGCUAGUAUUAAUAUAUUCUUAUGUGCACUAUCACAUUAAAUUAACACUUUUUUUCAGCAUGCAUUAUUGGGAAUGUUGAGCAUCAAUGUCUUUUUAGUUCUAUCAUUCUAUUCUGGUGUUCACUGCCACAAUAAAUGCUUGAGAUGAAUGCGAUCUUAUUGAUGUAAAAUAAAACUAGAUGGUGAAUAUAUGUACAGUAAUAGAUGGUUCCCUCAAUUUGCUGCCAUUCCUAAGCAAAUCUCCAAUUCUCCGCUGUCUUCUAAAAUAUGUACAGUAUUAGUAGGUGGGCCCCUUAGGUAAAUGAUAAUAGCAAGUGGUUCCCUUAGGUGAAUGGUAAUAGCAUGUACAAUAAUAGCAGGUGACUCCCUUAAACGGGAAACUUCCAAGCCCAGGGAUUGCACCAAAGAAUCAUGGGACACUAUUGUUUAUGUUGUUUACAAAGUUAAUCUAUCUUUUGUUAUCCAUUGUAAUUUUAAUCCAGAAAGUAAAAUUUUUUGUAAGAUUAGGCUUAAC